AUGGGAUACAGAAAGCCUAUAGUAAUUCUUUAUGGAUCAGAAACGGGAAAUUCAGAAGACUAUGCUUACUGCCUUUCUCGUAAACUAAGAUACGAAAGAUAUAGUUUGACCGUUUGCUCCUUAGAUGAGUUUGAUCUCAAAGAACUUCUUGACAUCAAUUGUCUCAUAAUAAUAUGCUCUACUGCAGGCCAAGGUGAAAUUCCUCGAAAUGGUCGCAAGUUUUGGAAGUUCAUGCUAAAGAAACGUCUACCUUCGGAUCUCUUCUCCCAUUUAAGAAUCUCAAGUUUUGGUCUGGGCGACUCUUCUUAUCCGAAGUAUAAUUCAGCUGUGCGCAAAAUUCAUGCUAGAUUUCUACAACUCGGUGCCAAGGAGUUUUGCAUGAGAGGCGAAGGGAAUGAGCAGGCUCCCGAAGGAGUUGAGCCUUUUUAUAUUGCUUGGGAGGAAACAGUGGUGUCCAGCCUCAAGGCUCAAUUUCCUUUAUCGACCAACUUACUUCCAGUCCCAGAAACUGAGCUUCUUGAACCUGCUACUGUAUUGAAACCCUUAACACAGAACAAGGCUCUUGAUACAGAAAAAAGCAGUAAGAUGGAUGCAAUAGAGCGACAUAUGGAUCAUCAUUCUCAGAUGGUGACGAAGUUUAUGGUCCUUGAAAAUAAAAGGCUGACCACAGAGGACCAUUUUCAAGAUGUAAGACUUUUGAAACUUAAGUCCGUUGAUUGCAUGCUAUCGUAUGAGCCUGGGGACUUAUUGGCCUUGUAUCCGGCAAAUGAUUUGAAAGAUGUCAAUGCACUUAUAGAAUUACAAGGAUGGACAAACAUUGCUGAUUUCCCUCUGCAAAUUGACGGACCUUUCAGAGCUCCAGGGGGCCUUAUACAAAACCUCACUCUCAAAUCGUUCAUUAUGCAUCAUUUAGAUAUUAUGUCUAUUCCAAGGCGGUCUUUUUUCUCACUCGCUUGGCAUUUCGCAUCGGAUCAAAUGGAACAGGAUAAAUUAAGAGAGUUCUCUAAGCUAAACGGAAGUGAACAACUGUACGAUUAUGCCAAUAGGCCUCGCAGAUCAAUUUUGGAGGUCCUCCAAGAAUUUUCGUCCCUUAAAAUCCCUUUGAAUUAUUUACCUGAGUUGAUCCCUCAAUUAAAACCAAGAUUGUUUUCAAUCUCUUCAAAGCCAGACAAAUCCAUUAUAGAGCUUACUAUUGCAAUAGUUGAAUACAGAACCAUCAUUCGUCGGCUUAGAAGAGGCGUGUGCACUCGAUGGGUAAAGACUUUGAACUCUGGAGAUCUAAUUAUCAGCUCGGUAAUUAAAAACCAAAUGGCCCACAAUCUUAUGAACGAUCGUCCCAUAGUGAUGAUUGGUCCAGGAACAGGGAUUGCACCUAUCAAAUCUGUCAUUGAAGAAUCGAUAGUACGUGCCCCUUCUAGAUCACUGUGUCUAUUCCCGGGCCACAGGUAUUCGAAUAAAGACUACCUCUAUGGCCCAAUUUGGUCACAACUAGAGCGAGAAAAAAAGUUGCUAGUAUUCCCUUCCUUUUCUCGAGAGGGUUCCGGUUAUGUUCAAGAUACGUUAUACAAGAAUAAAAACCUGAUAAACAGACUGAUUGUGCUAGAAAAUGGAUCAAUCUUGCUCUGUGGAUCGUCAGGUAAGAUGCCAACGCAAGUCAGAUUGACUCUUGAAGCCAUAUUUGCCGAAAUGAACCAUUGGACUGAAGAUGAGGCACAUAGGUACUUGAUUGCUCUUGAGGAUAAAGGUAACUAUGUGCAGGAAACAUGGUGA